CCGUUUGAAGAUGAGCCCUAAGACCUGUCUUGCUUUGAACUGGAAACGAAUCAUAAAUCCGUUGAUUUAUUCCCGCUUCGAAGGGAAAGGGAUGGGAUUGAGAUCUGAGAUGUGAAAGAUGCAAUUCGAAGAGAGGGUGGAUUGACACAUGGUUUGUGAACAAGGUCGAGGUGAAUCGAUUGCCAAUUCGCGUCUUAUUCGUGCGGCGAUAAACACGAUCCAGGACAAACAGGCCACUUACGUCAGUCGUGCCGUCCGAUCGAAUCAAGUCUCAAAACAAUGAUGUCGCGAUCGCUGCGCGAUAAUCAUAUCGUAUCAGUCGACCACAAUUUCUUCAUGAUUGUGCGACCCUUCGCGACCCCGUGGAUAUCAUUCGUCACCUCGUGCCCCGUCGACUUGACCGUCGACUUGACGACCGCAGGUGAAAUCGUCUGGAAACUUUUCCGCUCGUGAUAUACGUGAUCGGCUGCCAAUUCUUGUUAAAACUGCUCAUCCUGACCACGAUCGCCACCAGACAAACUCCAAGGACAAGGAAAUUCGAUUGGCAGUCUAAUCACUCUCCCCCCUCUGCCGGAUCUCUCCAUAAACGCCGAAAGGAUUCCACGAGGAAUGAUUCAGACUGCUAUCACCGCGUGGAAAAGCGAGAAGGUCGGAUGAGGAGUGACCCGUAUUGGCAUAAAGUACAUCUCACGUUUUCGAAUGAAGUCACGUUUAAAUCACGUUUCGACGACUGAUAAGCCUGAAAACUUUUUCUUGCACGAGCAUGUCCCGAUAUGCCGUCACCCCAUUGACCUCGACGAUGGCGAAACGAAGAUAAAAGGGAAUUAUCCAAUUUUGAAGUCCUUUUUGGCGGGUUCAUUCUCUGGAACAUUUUCCACGAUCCUCUUCCAACCGCUAGAUUUGGUGAAAACCAGACUUCAGAGCAGAGUCAAUGCUCCUGUUGGAUCGCCGAAAAAUGGAAUGCUGGGCACAGUGGCACACAUCGUUCAGAAGGAGAAUAUCUUUGGACUUUGGAAGGGCAUGACACCGUCGAUAACCAGAGUAAUCCCUGGUGUUGGUUUAUACUUUUCAUCAUUGCAUUGGUUGAAACAUGCCUUUAAUUUAGAAGAACCGCUGACGCCUCUGCAAGCCAUCUCCUUGGGCAUCACCGCGCGGUCCAUGUCCGGCGCUCUACUGAUUCCUAUCACCGUCGUGAAAACACGAUUCGAGAGCGGCGUUUACAAAUACAAUAGUAUCAAUGAGGCUCUUCAAUUGAUCUAUAAGCAAGAAGGAGUAAGGGGAUUAUCGAGUGGUUUGGUACCGACUCUUCUGCGAGAUGCGCCUUACAGCGGUCUAUACCUCAUGUUUUACACCCAGUUGAAAAAUGCGGCUGUCAAUACAGGAGCAACAAAUAACUCGUCGGUGCCAGUUCACUUCAGUUGCGGAAUCCUCGCUGGAAUUUUAGCGUCUAUAGUAACGCAACCUCCGGACGUUAUCAAAACGAAGAUGCAAUUAUAUCCGAAUGAAUUUAAUAAUAUCUAUCACGCGACAUUCUUUGUUUACAAAAAGUAUGGUAUCUUAGGAUAUUUCAAGGGUAUCGUUCCUAGAAUGCUAAGACGGACACUGAUGACCACCAUGGCUUGGACUGUAUAUGAACAGGUCACGAGACAAAUCGGUUUGAAGUGAUGCUUUGUUGUUGGAUAAAACUGUUUUAUAUCAGAAGAAGAUUAUGACGUACAGUAUUAGGAUAGACUGCAUGUAUUGUUAAGCUCGCAUAUUUAUUUAAUAAAUUAUAUAUUUUUGCAAAA